CACGGCAGUAGGACGGAAAAUGUAAGUAAUUCAGAUUGUAGGGGAAUUUGUGUGAUUUGCCAUGUCACAAGUUAAUCAGGUAGACUGCCCGAUUUGUGGAAGCUUCUUCUCGGCUUCUUCCGUGAAUGAGCACGUAAAUAAGUGCCUGAAUGCGAAGGAAGCUUCACCACCGAACGAGAAGCGAUGUACACCACUUGGAACGAAGAGCCGACAUGAUUGUAUGAACAGCUCUCCUCUGGGAAAAGGUACUUUAUUGCAAAGAUCGUCUGGUUUCUUUGGCAAAAGAAGUGAAAGAAAAGUUAAUAACUCACUGAUGACAAGUCCUGCGACGGGUACUCUAAAAAGAAGCUUAUCCAACAGCUUUUCAAAUUUGGCGGGAAAUUCAGACGCGAAUCCUCUUUCCAAGAGAUUGAAGCAAAACGAAGCACCAAAAACCUCCAAAUCGGAGCCCAAAAGUACAGAAAAUAAUACCGCCCUUCCUUCAGGGACAAGUAAUUCCAUCUCUGGUCAUAGUUCAACUUCGUCUUCUUCUGGGAAAAAAGACGGCCAAAAAUCAAAGAACAGCCAAUUUCUGCCACUUGCAGAAAGAAUGCGCCCAAAAACUUUGGCUGAAUAUGUGGGGCAGUCGAAGGUGCUUGGAGAACACAGUCUACUGAGAACCCUGCUUGAGGCUGAGGAAAUUCCAUCUAUGAUACUUUGGGGACCUCCUGGCUGUGGAAAGGUAAUCAAAACAGGGAUAUUUUUAUUCACUGCUCGGGAGGGGGGCACUGAUGGUGGACAAAACACUGACCCCCAGUCAGUGGGUAUCCAUAGAUUGCCCAUAUGGACUACCCUAAAAUGGACUACGCCGCUGAAGUUUAGUGAUUAGGGUUAGGAAACGUUCCAUUUAGGGUCAUUAUACUGGUAAAAAUGACCUGAAUCCAAGUUAGGGUAGUCUAUAUGGGUAAUCCAUGGACUGGGAGGGUCAGUGUUUUGUCAACCACUGGGGGAUCUCCCACUUAAUAGUGAUGGGGAUGCUCACUGGAAAAUUCAACUCCUAAGAGAGGCAAAGUGGGUAUGGCUCAAGCUUAAACUGACCCCUAAAGGAGAUCAUACUAAACAGACAUUUUUUUAUGGUGCUCAAAAUGUUAACCUAGAAUGCCUUUCACCUUCAAUAAGAUUUCAAAAGCAUUGUCCUAAAUCUCUAGUUUUUUAAAAAUGUCUUCACGCAUAACCUUAAGUGAUACCUGAAUUUGCAAAUAUCCUUCUCAGAUUACAGUAAAUCCUCUAUUAAGUUCCCCCUCUCAAAUAAGCCCAAAUCUCUCUGAUAAGCCCGCCCUCCUUUUCAAGGGAAGAAAGUUAAGAAGCCCCCCUCCCCUCCCCUUGUUAUUUUUCACUAAUAAAUGAUAGACUAUAUUAAUCAAUCACGACUGUUAACCCAUUCGCCCCCGAGCUGCCCAUAACCGCCCAUGUGGAUCCACGUCCUUUCUACCGCUUGCAACAUCAUCAGUUUUAACGGUCAAGGGCAACUUUGUCUGCUAACUUGUGCAGAGUGAAGAGAUCUUUCAAACCAUACCAGAAUGAGCACAAUUCAGUCAAUGACAUUGGAGAAAAAGGACAAAAACCAUGUAACAUUGACCUGAAAAUCUCCAUGAAAAUCUUGUUCCAUUGCCCACCUACCUUUCCUUUCACCUAAUCCUAAGAUCCUAAAAUCUUUCCUAAAAACUAUUCCCGCCAAAAUGAAGCCCACUAAAUGCCCAGCAAGAGAAAAAAAAAUGAGGCAAGAAAAGCAAAAAGAGAGGGGAAAUUUUGAAAUUUUGCUUUCUGCGCUUACCCGAACUUUGCAAGCUAAUAGUUUGCAUCUGGAUCAGAAUGCCAUAAAGUGUACGACCUGUAAACGGUUUUGUGGUAAAUUUAGCUCAUUAUAGCACGACAGUGACCAGAAAACCACUUGACUAGCUUCAAAACGUGUUUUUCGGCAAAAUCUCCAGGAGCAAAUGGGUUAAACUUUGUGUGGACUGAUCCAGGAUGGUUUAUUUACCAACUGGAAGUUCAGAUUUAUUUUUGCUCCUCCGCUGCAUGACCUCCAAGCUUUUCAUCUUUGUAUUCCAGUUCUUAAUGGAGACCUGAUACCAUUGUCUUUGCUGAAUUGAGUAAGCCCCCCUCUCAAAUAAGCCCCCGUCUCUAUUAAGCCCCCCCCUUAAACAUUAUUAAUAAGCCCCCCUGGGGGCUUAAUAGAGGGUUUAUGGUAUCUUUCUUAAGGCAAAACACUUUGGUUGGCCUUCAGACACUUGCAGUGAAAACAUAUUAACCCAAAAGAAACUUUGAUCUUGUCACUGGGAAACUACCGAAGUAGUAAAUUUGGGUUUUCCAUGGUGUAAAAUGAAUUCCAAACUAGAUUUCAUGGAAAAAACACAAGGAUUGGAUGGUGAAAAUGCCAAACUGAAAUACACUUGGAGAACCAUAUCAUGCAACGUAAACAAACUCAUCUGCGAAGUGAGACAUUCUGAAAAUUGCUCUUGUAUCUCGAUUUUGCUUCUAUUUUGAUACUACUGUCCCACAUUGCUUCUGGGACAGCCUUCUGGUUAGUAUAUGCUUUCACUGCAAGUAGCCUGAAUGGCAACCAACCUUUUAUGUUUAAAUGAUGUUCAAUAAUAAAACUCAUAUGGUGUACCCUAUAUUCUGAGGAGGCCUAUAGUUCAUGAGCCCCCGACUUCUAUAUAGGCUUCCUCCUCAUUACCAUUUUGAACAUUUUGUAACAUAAUUAUUUAUUAAGAAUAGUGUCUAACAUCGUUAAUAUGUUAUAAAUAUAUUGGGUAUUGUAAAUGUAUUUUAUGUGGUUAAGACAAAAUAAAUCAAUGAAUGAAUACGGAAUAUUCAUAUAAUUUGGGCAUUUUUAUUUUGAGGAUUUAUUCACCUAUGCCUUUCCCUUCUCUUUUCUUGUUACAUUAUCUGUAAAAAGUAAUAGUUUAAAAGACCAAAAAGUAGAAUCUAAAGUGCAUGUAUCUUAAUGUAUUGUUUUCUACCUUCAGACCACUUUAGCACACAUUGUAGCCAACUCAGCAAGACGUAGUAACAAAGCACGAUUUGUGCAGUUGUCAGCAACCACCAGUGGCAUAAAUGAUGUAAAAGAAGUAGUAAAAGUUGCAAAGAAUGAACAGCAGAUGUUUAAACGAAAAACAAUUUUAUUUGUGGAUGAGAUCCACCGUUUCAAUAAACUGCAGCAGGUGAUCAUCAUCUUUGUUCAUGACUCUACCAGUAGAAUUUUUGUCUCAUUUGGAUUUUUUUUGUUACACAUUCAUGGUUCGUACAAUUUUGAAAAGGUCUUGAAUUCGGUUAAAGUCCUUGAAAAGUACUUGCUUUCUUUAUUAGGUCUUGAAAAAUCCUUGAAAUUCACUACCUUGUCUAAAAACAUUUUUGUGCAUGAGCAGUAUUUUACUUCCGUUUCUUUAUUUUAAGUUCUUUUUCUGUACCUCAGAUGCAAUUACAAGUCACACCCAGUUAUUUUCCAGGGCAAAGUAGUGUAAUAUAAUGUGAUCAACCAUGGCUGAAGAAGUAAAAAUCGUAUAUGACUCCAUGACGUGUUUUAGCCAAUAAAGUGUCCAAAAAGGAGUUAAAGAGUGCCGAUUUAUUGAAUAAAUCGUAGUGCUUGAAAACUGUUAUAAUUUGUCCGGGAAAAAUCUUUGAAAAGUCCUUGAAAUUUGUUUGUCUGAAGUUGUACGAACCAUGACCUUUGUCCAGGACAAACAGAUUUUUUCGCUGGUCAAGUGACAUUUUAUGCUUGUCAGGAGGCGCUCUUGGUGGGGUUCGAGGGGGGGGGGGUGUAUGUCCCUAUAGUCUGAAUUUCAAAUACGGUCGUUUUGUGUUUUGAGGAGUAGACCAUGUCCCUGUCAGUUUGUUGCCAUUUCAUCUAGUUUUAUGUUGCUGUAUCAUGGCCAUGUUGCUUUUUGGAAUUUUACCGCAACAGGGCCUGGGUCAGGGUCUCGUCUUACAACUCAGGGUGUUCAUUAGGCAACAGAGAUCGGAGAAAUCUCUGUUUACUUUGCAGAAUUCUCUGGUUAAUGUUCAGUAGCCUAUGACAAUUUUUAUUCAGAUGGGAGGACUCUUUCAAAAUAUUCUCCUGCAAUGUUACAACUUCCUCCUGCUACUAGAAUUCUUAAUGAAAACUCUGCAACUUAAUCAUUAACUGAAAAAAGCAAGCAUGCAGUAACCUUGGGAAGGCAAAAUUUGAGAACCAUCCGUAGUUCAAGUUUUUUAAGCCUUUAUAAUUUUGUAUUAAUUUUGAGAACCUUGAAUCAGGCAUUUUAUCAUUUUAAAUGCAAACUUGCUCUCCACAGGAUACAUUCCUUCCACAUGUUGAAAAUGGUACAAUAACCUUAAUAGGAGCAACAACAGAGAACCCGUCAUUUCAGCUCAACAAUGCCCUGCUAGGCAUUUUAUCAUUUUAAAUGCAAACUUGCUCUCCACAGGAUACAUUCCUUCCACAUGUUGAAAAUGGUACAAUAACCUUAAUAGGAGCAACAACAGAGAACCCGUCAUUUCAGCUCAACAAUGCCCUGCUUAGUCGCUGUCGAGUCAUAGUCCUUGAAAAGCUUUCAACUGAACAUGUGGAGCAAAUCCUAAAACAUGCUCUUGAUAGCCUGGGAGUGUUCACUACCAAGAGGGAUUCCUUGGACACCAACCAGGUACAUCUCUCAUCUGAGUACAGGUGAGGAGUUUGAAACAUCUGAAAGCUUUGGUAUUGAGUUUUUCUAAAAUUGGUAAAGCCUGGUUCUCAUAUGCUGCCAACCUACCUUCGAUAUGGCCACUGGAACCUCCUGGGAUGCGGUUCCGAUAUGAGAACAGAAGUGGCCCGCAAUAUUGGUUAUCUCAGUCUUUAUUGCUGGCAUUCCUAAAAAGUUGACUUGGGUUCAACUUCGUAGGCGUGCCAGCAGAAAAAACCCUGCCCUGUGAUGGCUCUUGUUGACAGCAGCAGAGGUUCUCAUUCAUCCAAACAGUAUCCCAGGCAGUACCGGCGAAUGGAGUAAGGACAGACAAUUUAAUCAGACUCUUGUAUUGUUACCCACUGAGAAUAGCUCCGCUAAUUAUUGUGGGUAACAUAACUGUAAAUAAUUUUCAAAUGGAAUAAAUUGUUGUCAAAAAUGAAACUGAAAAUGUGCAAUUGCUAAUUUGUUGUGUGAUUCUUUUGUUAGUGACUAUCAUGUUGUAGUAGAAGAAGAAGCUAUUAAAGUGUUAGCAAACCUCUGUGAUGGUGAUGCCAGGAUUGCACUAAAUGGCCUCCAGCUUGCAGUGCAGUCACAAGUGUCUGCAGUAAAACAUAAGACACAGAACAAUACUAAUUCAUCCAACAGUAUGUCGUUAUCACUACAUCAAAAUGGAGAAUGCUUCAAAAAUGGAACUCUACCAUCAUAUGGUGCUAAUGAUACUCAUGAUUCCAGUGAAAAGAAAACUGUUUUUGUCAAUGUUUCUCACAUCAAAGAGGGUCUGCAAAGAACUCAUCUGCUUUAUGACAGAAAUGGUGAAGAACAUUACAAUAUUAUUUCUGCAAUGCACAAGUCAAUAAGAGGGGGUGAUGAAAAUGCUGCAUUGUAUUGGCUGGCCAGAAUGCUUGUCGGAGGUGAAGAUCCAUUAUAUGUUGCUCGAAGACUGGUGAGAUGUGCAAGUGAAGAUAUUGGCAAGUGUUUUCUUGUUUCAUUGAUAAUAGAACUAGAGGAUUAUGUUUCUUAUAGGGAGUAUCGACUGACGUAUCAAUCGACAUCUCAGUUGACUGUUGGCGACAUAUCAGUCGCUAUAUUUGUCGAGUCUCGGUUGACAUUGAAGGAGACUCGAAUGGUAGUCAGCUGCUACAGUCUAUUGAUCAAUAGUUGGUCGUUACUUUGCUGAUGGAUCACCGACUUAUCACUGACACUUGAUCAAUGUAAUGGCUGAUACCCUGGUGAACUGUUGUUUGACAUGUAACUAAUCUCCUUUAUGAGUCUCCAUUGACUCUCUUUUAACACUACACCAACACUUGACUGAUAUGUCGACUGACAUACAACCAAGAUGCCAGCCAGUACAUGAAAAUAGCCCACAAUUUGGUAACUGGUCAAUCUGGUAUCAGCCACAGCUGUUAUUUGUAGCGCGCAAUAGUGUCCACCGGGUGUCAGUUGACACGUACCUUCUUACAAAGGGAAAAGCCUUGGGGACAAAAAAGUUGUAUGGUUCACCGAUACUCUACCUAUGCUAUCGCGACCAGCCGUUGGUUGGCAGACACUCAACUUAUACUCGACCAAUAGUAUAAUGCCACUCAGCCAAUAUAUCAACCGACACUUGACUGACCUAGUGGCCGUUAUUAAUGGUGACCAACAGUUGAACAAGAUGUCAGUCAAUGACCUCUAUAAGACACAUGAUCCCAUUUUGAUUCCCUCAAGUACACUAGUUUUAAUACAAUGGUUUACAAACACUGGCAUUUGGUGAGCCAUUGACCUUUCGUUGCACCCUGACAGUUCCUUAGCAUCUAAAAUCUAAUAUUCAGCUAGAAAAAUAAUGUGAAAGACUUAUUUGAUUCAGCAGUUUCUUUCUAUGCCAGCUUCAGGAAGCAGCUGAAUUUUUAAACUGUUUUAUGUCUCCUUAUAAGAUAUUCUUAUAUACUUUCAUGUGACCAACAGUUACACAAAUUUAUUAACUUAUUAUCCACAUCCUAGCAUGUGAAUGAUCAGAUGCGCAUAUCAAUGAAUUAAAUUAGUCAGAUUAGCUUGGUGUGCAUCCAUGUUGAUAGGUUUUGGUCUGUAACUAAUCUCCUUUUUGUGGUUAAACAGAAUGCUGAGAAGUUCCUUGACAAUAUGAGUGAAAUCACUAGAGUCUAAUUUAUUGAUAAUAGCUGAAUCGCCAUUAAGCGGCUAGUAAUCUUUAAGUCCCGAAAUAGUUGUGGAAAAGAAUGGGAACUUAAAGCUCUAUUAAGUGGCCACCUCUAUUAAGGGGCUGUGGCCACCUUUAUGCUGUCCCAACAAGAGUUUUCCCAAUGUUAUGACCUCUAUUAAGCAGCUGUCAAGCGCUUGAUAUGCUUAGUUUGGCUUUAUUUCAAGAAAAGUACUAUUAUUUCAAGGAAAAUAUAGUUCGAGAUAGAAGGUGAUGACUGAUUACGGAGCAGUAUUAAAUGCUGCUCCUGUUGCGUGUUUGUUUCAAAAUAAAGUGAUUUUGCUGCUAAAGCUUAUGCUAAUUAAGGACUAACCUCUAUUAAGUGGCCAACCUCCAUUAAGCGACCACUUGCCAGUACCCAGAGGGUGGCCGCCUAAUGGAAGUUCAACUGUAGUUGUUUUGUUUUGUGUAGGUUUGGCUGAUCCACAGGCCUUGAACCAGGCUGUGGCUGCUUACCAGGCUUGUCAUUUUAUUGGAAUGCCAGAGUGUGAUGUAAGUACAUCAUAAAAUAGAGAGAAAGAGAAAGAAACUUUUGAAUUUUUGGAAAAGUCUGGAAAACAGACAUUAAGUCUGGAAAAAUGGUAAAAAGUCUGGAGUUUUUUUUCAAAGCUACAACAAGUGCUUAAUAAGUGAAUUUUUUUCUCAUUGUCAAAUCCCAUUUAAUCUGACCCCUAGCCAAGACAUUUAAUCACACAUAACUCUCAUAUAUCUGCAUUGUACCGUGGUUAUCUGACGUUUGAAGUGCAUCUUGAAAAAAAGGUUGGUUCUUACAUUAUUCAAGGUCUCUAUUGACCACCUAUUUGGUAACCUUGAGUCUGAAAAAAUAUACUUAGUCUAUUGUUUUGGAAAAAGUCUGGAAAAAGUCUUGAAUUUCGGAUCUAAAAAUCUGUACGAACCCUGUAAUGGGUAGGGCAACCUUAAACAUAGGAAUGCUGGGAUCUGGAGAAAGAGAGUUGGUUUAUAUUUUGUGCUCUCUUCACAGGUGAUUCUUGCCCAAGCUGCUGUGUACCUCGCCAGAGCUUCCAAGUCUAUAGAAGUGUUCAAUGCAUACAGUGAAGCUAAAAAGCUUGUGAAUGGCUGGGAAGGCCCUCAACCAUUAGUUCCAUUACGUAUUAGAAAUGCACCAACUAAACUCAUGAAAGGUCUAGGUUAUGGUGCUGGCUACAAGUACAAUCCUGCAUUUGAUGGACCCGUUGAUCAAACAUACCUACCUCCGGAAGUGCAAGGGGUUGAUUUCUUUACUUGGAGUAAAAAAGAA